UCAUUAUAGUUUGAACAAGCGUUUAUAAUUUUUUAGCUGUCACGGCUGAAAUACUGCGCUAGCCAUUGUACAGAAAAUCGGUUCGGUUGAGCAUUCAUGGGACGAUGACAACAUCUCGAUUUGAAUUUCGUCAAAGCUGAGCAAACACAGGAGUCCUUUGCAUGUAUUAUUUUCAUGUAACCAAAGAAAGACAAAUCACAAACGUAUACUUGAUCCUCUGGAAAGGUUGUGCUUCAUACCGCUUUAAAUCUAAUAUCGAGAAUUAUCAAGACCUCGAACAGCUCCUACAAGCGCGGGCUCAGGAAAGUUCCGUCAAGAUGCCAAGAUCUUUCCUCAUCAAGAAAAAGCAAAAUGCCAACAUAAAAAAGAGGAAAAGCGAAAUUCCAAGCCCAUUGGUGACACCUGCGGCACUCAACUCCAAAGCAGAGGGGGCACACCUUGAGAAGCCGAUCGGCAGUCGCGAAGAAACAGUUGCAGUCAGACUAAGUCAUGCGCAACUGCCAUGCAUGGAAAAACAGAACUUGAAAUCAAAUCCCUUCCAAUCGUCUCAAAGCCUUGACUUCGACCAAUCAAAUGGAGGAAUUCUCGCAGCCAAUCAGCACGAUUUCCAGUAUCACCCUACUCCAAUGAUUGAAAUUCACGAGUCUAACGUGAGUAAUUUUACACGCAGGUGCAUUGAUGACGCAAACCAGAUCAAGACGGAAAGUUCUUUCAUUCCAGCUUUCAUCAAACAAGAAGUAAGUGACGAAGAAGAUUGCGUCCACAACGUUGUAUUGGAAAACAACGGUUGGCAAAGUCAUUCUAGAGCUGAAAUUCUCCUUGAACGCUUCAGUAAGCAACCUGUAGGUCAAUAUUCAGAGGUAAAAAACAGUGUCACCAAUUAUGAAUCUACUUCAAGCUUUCAUUACGAAGAAAAGAGAAAAACAGAUUUUGAAGUUUCUGGCCAUCUUAAAGCAAACGAGGUUGAUAGUAUUGUAAAGAAGGAGAAAACAACAGCAGAUUACCCCAGCUUUCCAAGGCUUUCAUGUUCGAGGUCGGAGGAAGAUUUCAACAGGUUUUUGCAGAAUAGUGACGACCGAAACAAAGUACCGACGACUCUGCAGCAGAAAUCUUCCAAGACGAGUGGCUCCUCAAGCAAAAGAUAUCGCUACACGUGUGAUGUGUGCGACAAAUCUUUCAGCCGCUCGAACACUUUGACGACCCACAAACGGAUCCACACUGGUGACAAGCCAUUCAUCUGCGAGCAGUGUGGCCGCGCCUUCCGACAGCCGGGCAACUUGACACGUCAUCGCCUGACGCACACCACUGUGAAACCGUACGUGUGCCGGCAGUGCAACAAGGCCUUCAACCGCGCGUCUAACUUACACACUCAUAUGCGCACGCACACCAACUACAAGCCGUUCAUUUGUGACUUCUGCGGAAAGGGAUUCCACCAGAAGAUCGACAUGAAGAUUCAUCGAUACACUCACACAGGAGAGAAGCCACAUAAGUGCGACAAAUGUGGGCGAGGUUUCAAGCAGUUGACACAUCUGACGUAUCACCUGAGAACCCAUUCCGAGAUGCGAUUGUACCAAUGCGAGUAUUGCGGCAAAGGCUUCAAUCAAAAGGGAAACUUACAGGCUCACAUCUAUGGCCACACGGGCGAACGACCGUUCAAAUGUCAGAUUUGUGGGAAAGGGUUUACUCUCGCCUCCACGCUCAACACGCACAAGAGAACGCAUGCGCCUAAGAAGCCGUUUCAAUGUCAGUUUUGCAGCAAAGCAUUUUAUCAAAAGAACGCACUGAAGACUCACUAUAUUGCUUCUCAUCCAUAUGCCAACGGUGUUAGUCUUUUGUGAGUCAACGUUUUACUGCAGACGAGCGAAAAUAUUCUAACCUCCCUGCCUUGACAAUAUUUUCUAAAGCAUACGUGGCAUAAAAGACUGAAAUUUGUUCUUAAACUAUUACAAUAAACACACUUCCGUUUCAACAAUAACCAUUUUCAGGGUUGUAGAUGAAGUUGACCGUUUUCAAAAACGCUUGGUUUGUAUUUUUUUAAAAAACAAAUCUAGAUGACUUCAGGUGAAAAAGGAGCUCAUUUUUCCAGUCAGCGGAGCUUGAGCUAUAACAAUCCGGGAACAAUGUAAAGAACUUGAAAGUCCUUCAGUGAACAUGCAGAGAUAUUAAGAAUAUAAGAAUCACCUUUUCAUUCGUACAGCUAAACCUCAUAUUAGUUAUUAUUAAGAAUAUCUAUCAUUUUAAAUUUCACAUGAACGUUUGUGGAUGAAAUCCUAGCGUGUGCCAAUAGAAAAAAACAAAACUAUUGAGCAUGCAGUACUUUUUCAUCGUAAUGGUGAACUACCUGUACCAGGUGGGUCGAAAUUGUUAUGUGUAUGGUUAAGCCCAAGUGUUUGACCUUUCAAAUGGAAGGGUAAAAUUGGGGUUUUUCAGUCGGGCCUCAAAAACCACUCAAAGAAUAACCCAAGCUGAUUUUAAAAUAUGUUUUACAACAACAUAAAAGUGUUCCAAACGCGAAGUUUCAAGGAACUUGGAGUUAUGGCAUAUGUCGAAAAAUAUCUCUGAAUUUUCUUCCUAAAUUAGGAAUUCGACUUAGUAAUUGAAAGGGAUUUUUUUUAAAAAUUGUGUGUUUAUUCUCAAAUGGCGCUCAAGUCAAGUUCUAACCUGUUUUGGAUAGCUGAAUACUUUGUCUUUCAAGAAAAAGUAUCGAUAAGUUUUAGUUCUCUUUUAUACGCGAAUGCAAAUUAAGUUUAGAUUACUAAUUUUAAGUCUUUGUGAUCGGCCAUUUUGGCGACCCUCUACACGAAAAUCGUUUUCCUCCAUUUUCUCGAAUUUAAAGCGCUUCGAGCUCAAAAAAACUACAUCACGUUUCAUAUCUACCUAAGGGCUAUUUGUGGACGAAAAGAGAGAAAAAUCGAUUUUUCGACUUCUGCCGUCUUAUGUUUGCUAAUUAGAAAAAUUCACUCUUAUGAGUGUUAAUUUAGCCUUUUUAAAAUUAUAUUAUGCAUGUUGUAUAAUGUAGCACGAGGUAUGAUGAACCGUCUCCAUUAAUUUGUUCAGGGUUUUACUUGUCAGAAAGAAAUUGUACUUCAAUAAAUGAAUUGACGACACAUCACUUCAUUGCAUUUCUUUCUGCCUUUUAAUUUUAUGGUCACAAAAUUAGCAGCAAUGAUUAAACGGACAUGAUGCCUUUCACAGAAACGUUUUGCCAACAUGCGAUCCACCCAUGCUUCGUUGUACCUGUUUUGAGGAUAUUUAAGUGGUAAAUAAUUUACGUUCGUUUGAACGUUGUGAAUUAGCACGUAAUGAUACCUUUCACACAAACGUUUUACCCACUUUUGAAAGUCUUUUUUAAAAUCACAAAUAUAACGAAACACAUAUAACUCAGAGUCGUUCCCAGUCGCUAUUACGAUUAUUUCAAAGAGAAAGCGGUCUGGAUCGAGUGGUAGACUAGUCGGUAUUUGGAUAAAGUCCUUCUCAAAAAAAAUCAAGAAGCAUUUCUUAGUGAAAGUUGGUAACAUGAGUUUUCUGAAGUAAUCUAACAUGCUGAAAACGACAAUGCUUGUUACCAAAGUUCAUUUUGUGAUCUUAGUCUGAAAAUGAUGUCAGAUAAUUGACAUUUAAAAUGACGUCAUCGCAAUGACAAAUGUGUAGAAAAGGGGAAACCACUGAGUUAAAUGUCGCAAAUUUGGAUCUUGUAGAACCAGUUCAGUUAUAGUAUGUUACAUGCUUCGUAUUUUGAGGAAUGUAAGACUUGCCUGUCUCGUGGGCCAAUGUAUGACGUCAUUUAUGUUUUCAUAAUGUUCUCUCACACAGAGAAACACGUUCUUUUCAACUGGCCGAAUUAAAACAGAAAAGUGUUUCAUAUGCACUUCAUUUUGGGUUCAUUGGUGCUCUUUUUCAAUGAAGUUGAUGGCUACGCAUUUGAAUGUGAGAACAGAAACGCGUCCACGGUCGCGCUUCCCUAAUUUCGCUUUCACUGUCUGAGUCCAGUCCAGUGGUAAGUAAGCCUGGUUACUCACCUUCGUUGUUUAGUAUGCCUUCGCUCGAUUUUUGGCUAGUAGAAAGCUGUUCUAAAGCUGUGAAAUGUUGGAAUGGAUCCAUUUGUGACCCUAAAGAGAGCUUCGGAAGUUGACUUGAAGCUGUGCAUCUUCUAUCAGAAGCGUAAUAAGCCCAAGGACGAUGUAAGAGAGGCUACGAGUUACAGCAAAAAUUUUGUUUACGAAGCGAUGACUAAACGAAGAAAGUGCAGGGACGUAGCAAAAAGAGAGGUUAUCGAUCGUCUGGUUGAUUUACUUGGAAGAAAUGACGAUACUUGUAUUGUUUUACGUUUGGAAACCAUAUGAAGGGAUCAGGCUUGGUCGAACAAUGGGUCGAGAGUGGACUGCUUGGGCCAAAUGCAGCCGAACAUGUCAUGGAUGGAAAAGCCUACAAGAGAGCUAUGCGUGCCCACAAGAUUACUCUGCAGUCAUUGUGGCAGCUGCUGAUGCCUCUUCUGUUAGAAUUCUGCCAGAAAUCGUACCCAGAUCUCUUCCGAGAGGUAUCUGCUCUUGCUUGCUCUCCCGAAAAUGCUGCAGCACUGAUAACAUCUCUGAAGUCACCAUGAGUGAAAAAGAUGCUCGACGAAUUCGUCGCACAAAGAUCCGAGGAAAAUGUCAACUUCACGUUUUGGUGGAACUACAUGGAAAUGGUAUCUGUUCUCCUCAUGUUCAUUCGGGCUCAGAGAGAGGGGAUA